UUAAUUUUUUCUUCCAUACAUUUAUUUUUCUUUUAUGUUUUUGUUUUUUUCUUUUGAUAAAUUGACUCAUAAAGUCAAUUUAUGGGCCCUUGCCCCCGGCCCUGGGAGGAGACUGGGUGGAGCUGGGAAGUGGCCAGAGCCCAGCAGGGCCAAGAAGAAGGAGAGGUGCUGGGUGCCAGCCACCUGCCAGCCCCACUCCAGCUCGGAUCUGUAGAGAAUUCUCUGGACUCUGUAUAUGUGAAUGUAGAGAGGUAGCAGCGAAUUCUUGCUCUGGCUACAGCCUCUCCCUCUGCUCCUGCCCCUGCCCCUGCCCCAAUCCCUAUCUCCACCAGCCCAGUGUGGGAGACUCAUACAGACUUGGGCAGUGGACGACCCUACUAUUAUAAUCCAAGCACUGGGGAGACCACUUGAGAGUCUCCCUUUGGGCCUACUGAAUCUGCAUCUAGUACGGCUACCUCUCUAUCCCCUCUGGGCAGCCCAGGGGACCCUGAAGCAGAGUGGGAUCAGUACUGGGAUGAAGAGAGCUGGAGAGUGUUCUUCUACAACCCCCUGACUGGUGAGACUGCAUGGGAAGAGUCCACCACCCCUGAGAUGCAAAAAGAACUCCCUCCCUGUAGCCCAAUGGACCAAAGGCCACCAACACCAGAGGCAGAUUAUCCAGACGAGCUAACAUGCUACCCAGAGGAAGACUACUCUCCAGUGAGCUCUUACACUGACCCCAGCCCAGGAUCCCCAACCCCAAGGAGAACAACUGACCCCUAUACACCCCCUGGCUGGUCCUGCCACAUCUCUCCAGAUGGGCAGUUGCUCUAUACCAACCUUUAUACCCAGGAGCAGUGGAUGAGAUCCGAGGAUGAGCAGGGGAAGCCGUACUUCUACAACCCCAGUGACAGCACUACCCAGUGGGAGCUUCCGCAGGUACCUGUCACAGGCAAGCGCUACCAGAGCUGCAGCAAGACCAGCCAGACCAAUGAUUCCCUGACACUGGCCAGUCCUCCAGAGGCAAAAUCUAAGACUCUGGAUAAAGCUGGUGUCCUUUAUUGCACCAAGACAGCAGAAAAAGGGAAACGUCUUCGAAAGAAGAAUUGGAGCUCCUCCUGGACUGUGCUAGAAGGCGGGAUUCUGACCUUCUUCAAGGAGUCAAAGGCCUCAACUGCUGGCAGCCUGAGACAGCCAUCCAACUUGUCAACUCCAGAGUAUACUGUGGACCUCCGAGGAGCUACUCUGAAUUGGGCCACCAAGAACAAGUCCAGCAAGAAGAAUGUGCUAGAGCGCCAGAGCCGAGAUAGCUCUGAAUACCUGAUUCAGCACGACUCAGAGACCAUAAUUGGGACUUGGUACUAGGCGAUCAUUCAGGGCAUCCAGGAGCAGUCCACAGACCCCUAUCCUGAGAUUGACUGUGAAAACAGUGCUGAUUUGGGGUCCAGUGAGCGACUGGGAGGUGGAAGGGAGAAAGAAGAGGAAAAGAAGCAUUCUAUCAGUCCCAUGGGUCCUGAGAGUGACUCCAGCAAGGUUCGACACAAACUCCGAAAAUUCUUGUUGAGGAGACCAACACUGCAUUCCCUUCGGGAGAAGGGCUACAUCUAAGACCAGGUGUUUGGCUGUGUAUUAUCGACGCUGUGUGAGCGAGAGAAUAGCCUCAUACCGGGCUUUGGGCAGCAGUGUAUCCGGACGGUGGAGUCUCGGGGGUUGGACAUCGAUAGAUUAUACCGCAUCAGUGGGAAUAUGGCCACCAUCCAGAAACUACUUUACAAGGUGGACCAUGAUGAAAGGCUGGACCUGGAUGAUGGGUGCUGGGAGGACGUCCAUGUCAUUACUGGAGCACUGAAGCUCUUCUUCUGGGAGCUAUUCGAGCCCCUCUUCCCCUUCUCUCACUUCUACCAGUUCAUCUCAGCCAUCAAACUCUCAGAUCAGGCCAAGCAGAGCUGCCACGUCUGGGACCUGGUGCAUUCUCUUCCUGCCCCCAAUCGGAACACCAUGCACCUCCUCUUCCAGUACCUCUGCAGGGUGAUCGAACACAAAGAAGAAAACCACAUGUCGGUGCAGAGUGUGGCGAUCGUGUUUGGGCCCAUGCUGCUGCCACCCGAGUUUGAGGAGGGGAGUAUGCCUGUGACCAUGGUGUUUCAGAACCAGGUGGUUGAGCUGAUACUUCAGCAGUGCAGGGACAUCUUCCCCCAACGCUGACCCAUUCCCACCCUGCUGGGCAGG